AGUUGCAAUAAAAAAAAGUAUUUAAAGCGUGCCAUUUGAAAUUAUCAUGUCACUUUAGCAAGUUCCAUCGCCAAUCUAAGCAGCAACCGAUAUCAAAUAAUCAGGAAAAUGUUUCUAAUGCAAGUAUGUGUUAUUUUGUCAACGAUGGUAAUAUUCAAUCAGGCAGCAAUACUGAAUUACAAGAAUUCACUUAUAAACCCUAACAACGAUAUUAUGCAGAUACCAGGACAUGAUAUUACCGGUAUCCAUAAUACGCAUCCUCCUUCAGUGCCUAUUUUAAAAUUUAGUGAUAUAGCAAAAUUGAACCUCAUGAACCUAAUUAAAUACUCAAAAGACGAAAGGACGUCGACAACAGAAAAAGAUGAUUCAACCGGCAUUACUCAAGUCUCUCCAGUGACUAUUCCAGUAUCAACAGAUACUUCAUUAACUACACAAACAUUAAUUCCAACUGUAACCUACUCAAUGGAUACUCCCAAAGUUACACCAAUCACCCAACCUACCCCAUUACAACCAAUAUAUACUACCGGUAUUACGCAAGCCUCUCCAGUGACUAUUCCAGUAUCAACAGAUAUUUCAUUAACUACACAAACAUUAAUUCCAACCGUAACCUACUCAAUGGAUACUCCCAAAGUUACACCAAUCACUCAACCUACCCCAUUACAACCAAAGUAUACUACAAACACUUUACCUACAACUCCAAACUACUGAUUAAAAUCAUAAUAUCAAAAUUAUAUUUGCAUCUCCUAAUCUUAUACCAGUUUUUGAUAGCUCUUAUAAGCUUGAAUUGCCUUUUAAGGUACUUCCUUUUGUCUCUUUUAUAGAAACGUUCAAUUUUGUUUCCUAGAUAAAUAACAUCAAUCCUUCUAAUAAUAAAUUUUACAUUUUUACUAAAUUUACUAAAAACCAAGUAAUCUUAUACUAUGCA